AUGGACGACUGGCAAGACCACGCCCUCAGCACGCGCCACAUGCACAACCGCAACAGCCGGCGCGCAUCCGGCAAGGGCAGGAAAGGCGCUGCCUUUGACGUGCGCAAGACGUUCGGCGAGUACCAAGUCAAGUGCGCGAGCUGGGAGCGGGCUUUGGGCGAGCUGGAGGACGCGGAGAGAGGGGAGGAGGCGGCGGGAUUGGAGUUGCUGCGGCUCACGGAUGACGGUCAGGGCGUGCUGGGCGAGCUUGUGCUCCCCGGGGUGCUGAGGGCAGCGGUGGUGCUAGCGGCGAGUCGCAGGAUCCUGCAAUUUCUGACUACGCAGUUAUCUGGCGAGGGGCCUGAAGAGGAGGAGGAGGACGACGACGACGACGACCACGAAGCCACCAACGACCACGAAGCCGACGAAGAAGACUCCGAUGAACGCGACGCCCACGACGACGACGACGACGAACACCAAGACCAACCCCCCCGCUUCGCCACCUUUGAGAAAAACUCCUUCCGCUCCCCCAAAUUCUGGCUCGCUUGGAACGGUACCCUUCCCCCCCGCUCCACCGCCGCCUCUCCACCCCCCUCACCCACACACGCCCGAAAACCACACUUCCCCACCGCCUCGGACUCCCCACCCCCCACCCCCACACUCUCGCGCACAGGCUCCUCCUUCCCGCCCCCGAAACCCCUACGCUCCUCCUCUUCCUCCUCUUCCUCCGCCCCGACGCAGGCAGACGGGCUGGGCUACGUCGUCUUCACCGGCAACGAGUGUCGCAAGUUCAAGGGCACGCUGAGCUGCCGGGAGCUCGGGUGGAGGGAUGUUGCCUUCAGUGGGUUGAAGAGCGUCAGUCGCAGUGAGAGUGAUAGGCAGGUUGUGUGGGGGGGAAGGGAUGUUGAGACCGGGUGGAGGGAGGGGGACAGGGAGGGAGGGGAGAGGGGGGCGAGGUUGGAUGGGAGGAGGAGGGUUGUUUUCGAUUAA